AUCGAAAAUCAAACAGAAGAAAAAUUAAAGAAAAGAAAAGCAAACAGAAAAGGAAAAGAAUGCAGAGCAUGUUCUGAGGAGCAGCUUUUUUAUAAACCCCGAUUUUUUUAUUAGCUGAUUUAUAAAUAUAUAUACAUAUAUAUAUGUAUUGUGUAUAUUUAUUUAUUUAUUUUAUAUAAAAGUUGGAACAUUGAAUCUACGCGCUGAGUGGGGAGUGUGUUGUUUCGAGAUCUAGUGAAGUGGCAUCGGAAAGCUGCAAUUUUGCCGGAAAAUCGUCUUGGGAUUUCUUGGUUCUGAGAAAAUCUCCUGUCGGCGAGUCUUCCAAGAGGGUAGGACAAGUUUCAAGGUUAGCUCUGGGAUUUGCAUGCACAGAGGCUCUAGAAACCCACGGAAUCUGAAUUUAUUCAGGGUUUCGGAGUCCUUCCAAAGUCCCAAAACCAUUUUGCCAAAUUUUCUGUUUCUCAAUUUUGUCUGAAUUGCUUUCAUUUUGCAGUUUCUUUUGAAUUCGCACCAUUGACUGGAAUCCGUAACGCUUACCAUCGGCCUGUCCUGCAUGCAUUAACUUCCACCAUCCAUUUGUCAAUUCAAUUUUUUUGUUUCCAUUUUCCGGGUUUUGCUAUAAAUACCCAGUUCACUGCCCUGCAUUCACUCAAGCCUCAUAGCAGCAGUGCAUGCUUUCUUUUCUUCACUACUCUGUUUCUUUCAAUACUCUGUUUUCCUAAUCUGUUUCUUCUAAUACUAUGGCUAAAAUCACGGGUGUUUUCUCAAUGAGGCACUUCUUCGUGCUCUCUCUGGCAUUGAAUGUCAGUUUUAUCUUGAGGACUAUGUACGAGAGGGAACAGGGCCUUAUUUGCUUCCGUUCUGAAACUCAGAAAGGCCAAAUUACCCAGAGGACGCGUUUGUACUCGUCUUCUUCUUCUUCCUCUUCCUCGGCCGCUGCUACUCGGACUGAGGCUCAAGAUGGCGUGGAGAGAGUUAUCAAUCUCGACCAGGGCGAUCCCACUAUGUACGAACAGUAUUGGCAACAUGCGGGGGAGCAAACAACGGUUGUGAUCCGAGGGUGGCAACAUAUGAGCUACUUCUCGGAUGUGAGCAACAUCUGUUGGUUUUUGGAGCCGGAGUUAGCCAAAGAGAUUGUUCGAGUCCAUCGGGUGGUCGGCAAUGCUGUGACGGAAGGCCGUCACAUCAUUGUUGGUACAGGUUCAUCGCAGCUUUUUUUAGCCGCUCUUUUUGCUCUUGCUCCACGCGAUGGACCUGAACCAGUCAGUGUGGUGUCUCAGGCCCCAUACUAUUCGUCCUACCCAUCCAUGACGGACUGCCUGAAGUCAGGCCUCUACAAAUGGGCAGGAGCUGCGCAGAGCUAUAGUAAAGAGGGGCCGUACAUCGAACUGGUCACUUCCCCCAAUAACCCCGACGGCAAUGUCAGGCGAUCUGUGGUCAAUAAAAGUGAGGGGACAUUGGUUCAUGACCUUGCCUACUACUGGCCACAGUAUACUCCAAUAUCUUCCCCUGCAGACCAUGAGCUGAUGCUGUUCACCGUCUCAAAGAGCACUGGCCAUGCAGGGAUGCGCAUUGGUUGGGCUCUUGUGAAAGACCAAGAGGUUGCAAAAAGAAUGAUCAAAUUCAUUGAGCUCAACACAAUAGGCGUGUCUAAGGAUUCGCAACUCCGGGCUGCCAAGGUUCUGCAAUCUGUUUCUGACAGCUCCGAACAUGCUGGCGGCUGGGAAGGAGUUGAAUCCUUCUUCGAGUUCAGCUAUCGCGUCAUGGCGGAGAGGUGGACCCUGUUGAGGGAGGCAGUGAACAGCAGCGGAAUAUUCAGCCUGCCCGAAUAUCCGCCUGCAUAUUGCUCGUUUUUAAACCGGGUCUUUGAGCCUCAACCUGCUUUCGCUUGGUUGAAGUGUGAGAGAGAUAUACAUGACUGCGAAAGCUUCCUACGAGGGCACAGGAUUUUGGCUAGAGGGGGAAAACACUUCGGGGUUAGCCCAAAGUAUGUGAGGGUCAGCAUGCUGGAUCGGGACAACAAUUUCAAUUUAUUUGUAAAAAGGCUGUGUAAUAUCCAUUUAUGACCUCCGUGGAUCCCUCUGUAGCCCAGUUCAUGUACAUUACAAAUAGAAAGCAAUUACAAUUUUUUUGAUCUA